AGAGAGAAGGGGAACUUGGGCAGGGGGCGCAUAGUCAUUCCAAUUCUGCUGCGCUUGAAACUCCAGCUACCUUCUUUGCUUCGCAAUAACUUUACUAAAUUACUAAAAGCGUAAACCUUUUCUCGGAAACUGUAGCUUAUUUGAACGUCGGGGAAAAACAACAGCAGGCUCACAGAUCCUCCUCGGAGUGUCUUGGCACAAUUAUAAGAAUUAUAAAGUGAAUAGCAGCUGCUUUUGGACAUCGUUGAAAUCAAUAUCAGUGCUAUCAAUCAGAGGACUAUAGUAUCGAUGUUGAGGUGAAGACGGGUUGGAGAUACUGUCUCACAUCCCGCUAUAGCCUAACUAUGGGUCGAUAGUAUGGACUUACCCGACUCUGGAGAGGGACAGUGCAUCACGGCUGAUCGGAAUUUACUUCUCCGCUAUUCGUGUGGAAUAAAAGUUAAUUAACAAACGGGAGGAUUAUUUACGAGUUUUCACUUAAAAGUUAGUAUUUGUUGUUUCGUGUGGAGGGAUGGCGGGACCAGUUAUGUUUCUUUUCCUGUGGGUGUUGACUUGGUUCGGGGAAAUUCGGGGUGCUUCGUACCCGCAGCGGUAUAAUCUCUACUCCGGACAGACCCAGGCGCUGCCACAGAACGGCGUCCGGGCGGCAAGCAGACACAGAAACUGGUGUGCGUAUGUAGUGAAGAAGACAGUGAGCUGUGUGGUGGAGGAUGGAGUGGAGACCUACGUGAAGCCUGACUACCACCCCUGCUCCUGGGGCACGCAGUGUUCCCGUAUGGUGACGUAUCGAACGUAUAUGAAGCCGCGGUACAAGGUGGCCUACAAGAUGGUGACGGACAUGGAGUGGAAGUGUUGCCAUGGUUACACCGGAGAUGACUGUAGCGAAGGGCCGAGCGGCGGGUCGGGGACCCAGAUCGCUACAGCCAGACCCAAACCAUCCCGACCGGGACAGACCGGAACCGACACAGGUCACAGAGGACAGAGUGGAGGAGACGGGCGAGGCGACAGCGACAAGACGCGGCAGCUGGAGGACAAGAUCCAGAGCCUAACCAAGGACCUCCAGGACCUGCAGUCCACACUGAGGGGCAUGAACGAACGCUUCCAGGAGGAGAUGCGCAAACCGGGCUUCAGUGGUGGUGGCACCAAGGCCCCAGCGGAUGCGGCCCAGCCGGAGAUUAAGGACACCAUCCACAGCAUCCAGACCAAACUAGACCAGCUGGACAACCGGACACAGGCUCACGACAAGACCUUGGUCAGCAUCAACAACCACCUGGUCAACGGGAAUGGCGGCGGUGGGAAUGAUCUUGUCGAUGGCACUGGCGACUCAUCUGGAGGCACCGGUGGGAUUAGCAGCGGGAAGCUCAACACGCUGAAAGAGGAGAUCCUGAGGGAGCUGGAGAGAAGGGUGUCUCUGUCCUGCUCCUCCUGCCAGUCGGGGGUGGAGGACCUACGGAGACAGCAGCAGGAGGACAGGGAGCGGAUCCGUGCGCUGGAGAAGCAGCUGAACGUUGUGGAUGAACGAUAUCGCCAGAGCCUGGACGGCCUGCGCCGCGAGGUGACACGCUCCCAGGGCUGCUGCGAUUCUGUCACCGACCUCAAGGACAGGGUCACAGAUGCUGAAAGGAAGAUAAGCUCCAUAUCAGAGAACUAUGAUGUCAUCCAGAACCGCCUGGAUAAGGAGCUGGGCAGUGGCGGUGGUAGUAAUGUAGGUGGAGGUUUCCCAGGAGGUGGAGGUGGCUUUGGCCCUGGAGGUGGUGGUUUUGGCCCUGGAGGUGGUGGCUUUGGCCAUGGAGUUGGUGGCUUUGGCCCUGGAGGUGGCAGCGGGUUACCCAGGGUGAUAGAGGACAGGCUGGACGGUCGUCUGAGGGACCUUGAGAGGUGGGUGAACAGCACAAUGCAGCACACAGAGGAGACAGAGAAAGACCUGAAGGCCUACUUCAACCGUGAGCUGGGUGACCUCCGGACCGUGUUCCUGGACCGUUUCGACGACCAGGGAUACCGCAUCGGUGACAUAGAGCUAGACGUGGGCAUUGUAAAGGACCUCGUGUCGGACCACGACAAGAAUGUGACCCGCCUGGCGAACUCCACGGCACUACUAGACAAGAGUCUGACUGACUGUGGCUGUGGAGGAACAGGAGGAGGAGGAGGAGUUGGAGGAGGUGGAAGAGAAGAUGGAGGAGGAAGUAGAGGAACCGGAGGAACAGGGGGAAUGGGAGAGGGAGGAUCUGAAGGUGGGGCAGGGGAAGGAGGAAGGGGAGAUACAGGAGGAACAGGAACUGAAGGAAGGAGAGAUGGAGGAAGUGGAGGAACAGGGGGAACCGGAGGAGGAUGGGGAGGAGCUGGAGGGGACGGAGGAAACGAUUACGACGGAGACUCUGUGAAGUCUAUCACCUGGAGGGUGGUGGCCAAUGAAGACGAGAUCCGACGCUUUGACACGCGGAUCAAGGACCUGUCCGUCUCGGGCGACUCACUCAUGGACAAGGUGCUGGAUCUCAGCCACGACAUCCGUAAGAUCAAAGCCCUGACCGGAGACAAUGGCGAGCACUUCAACCGCAUCGUCACAGAAAUUGAGACGCUCGGGCGCGGCAUGGAUGACUGCGACGUCUGUGGAAGAGUGGAAGACGAGUUCAAGAAGCUGAAGAACCACACCCUGAACCGCUGGGAGAAGGACAUCAACGCCAUCCGGAACCGGGUGGAUUCCAACCAAAGCUUUUGCUCCACCCUACAGGAAGAGGUGGGGAAACUCCGGGAGGUGGUAGGGAAGUGUAGCGACCAGUGUAAGAUCCACCUGGAGACCCCAACAACUGGAGGUGGCACUGGAGGACGAGGUCUGGAUGAACCUGAUAAGCCCCUGGACGGCCACAGUGUGAUCGGAGGCACGUCCAACAACGGCCACCUCAAGUCCCUGCAGGGCGAGCUGUCCGAGGUCAUCCUGACCUUUAGCUCCAUCAACGACACGCUGAGGGGCCUGGAGCACACAGUGCAGAAACAUGGCAGUGUCAUCACGGACCUGGGCAACACCAAGGACAAGAUCAUAUCUGAGCUGGACAAGAUACAGCAGGAGGUGACUGAGCACAUCGAGAAGAGCCGCGACCGCCUCGACGGGGUGGAUCGCGACGUGCGACGCUUCGAGAGCACCCUAGUGGUGGAGGUGGGCGACUGCAAGCGAUCUGGCGACGGCCUGGAGAAGAGGCUGUUCAAGAUGGAGGGCGUGUGCGGACGGCUGGACGGCGUCUCCGACUCGCUCCAGAGGAUCAAGGAGGGGCUGACCAAGCACGUGUCGGGCCUGUGGAACUGUGUGAAUGGUCUGAACGCCACGGUCAUCUCCCAUGGAGGGAUCAUUGAGAGCAUCCAGACCACUCAGCUGGACGGGAUCCACGGGAAGAUCAAGAACCUCAACUCGUCCGUCAGUCACAUCCUCACGGAGUUCCAGAAUCUUUCGGAACAGGACCUGACCGGUGUGCAGUUGGUUAGAGGUUUGAAUGGCCUGCCUGGUCCUCCAGGUCCCUCUGGGGAGAGAGGGUUCCAAGGGCUGCCUGGCGCUAAGGGGCCCCAAGGCAGGGACGGACCCCCGGGCAGGCAGGGAGAGAACGGGCCCAGAGGAUCACCAGGCCUCAAAGGUGAACAAGGUAUGCCAGGUGCCGAUGCCAACGUGCCCAAGCUGUCCUUCUCUGCCGCUCUCACCUACCCCAUGCUUAGUGCUGGCACCAUCGUCUUCGACAAGAUCUUUGUCAACGAGGGAGAGUUCUAUGACCCGCGGACUGGCAUCUUCACGGCGCCCGUUGAUGGCCGCUACUUCUUCAGCGCAAUCCUGACUGGCCACAAGAACGAAAAGAUUGAGGCGGUGCUGUCCAAGUCCAACUACGGUAUGGCCCGUGUGGACUCCGGGGGAUACCAGCCAGAGGGACUGGAGAACAAGCCGGUAGCCGAGGCCAAGAUCACCCCGGGCUCCCUGGCUGUGUUCAACAUCAUCCUGCCCCUCCAGGCCGGAGACACAGUCUGCAUUGACCUGGUCAUGGGCAAGCUGGCCCACUCUGUAGAGCCUCUCACCAUCUUCAGUGGAAUGCUGCUGUAUGAACAUAUGUAAGCCAAAACCCCCUUAGGUUGUCCAUCUGGAACAUAAGAGAGGGAGAGGAAGGAAGAAACGGAAGAAGGACGAGGGAUGAAGAAAGUUAGAGAAGAGAGGGUCUGGGGUUGGUCCCCAUUCUGGACUGUUUAGACUCACAGUUUGAAUUGACAACCGCUUUUCAAAGCAAAACGACAGGGUCCAGAGAUGGAAUUACUUUAUAUCAACUCGCGAAACACGGGAACGAACGACAACUAGGAGACGACUACAACGACAGAAAAGUGUUGUGUUUCUCCCUCUGUGUCAUUUCUGGCCCUCUGAUGUUGUGAGACCUGAUGAACUGCUUGAACAAACACAGGAUGUACUAUAAACUAAGUAGCAGACUGAGAGACUUCGCCCUUCAUUUUUUUUAACCUAGCUCGUCCAGUAUUUGGAGAAGUGUUUUUCACACCAAAUGUGUUGCUACUACUGCAGGAUUUUUCUAUGGUUAUUCUUAUUAAUAUGUCCCUGUUUCUAUAUUACUCACUCCAGGCAUGGGGCUCAGCGUACAGUAUCCUCAGUGCACCACUGCCGACCAUAAGGUCUGCUUGACAUCCCACCUUUGCUGCAAAGUGUUUCCCUGCCAAAGAACCAGAACCACUGUCAAGGUCUGAGGUUAACCGGAAGUUAGGAAUAGGGGAGAGAACCUGGAAUGAGAAAUUCCUUGCUUGAUUUUCCAUAGCUGAUUUCUAUGGUGAUGAAUUCACAUUUUGUGAUUAUAUGUUAUCGUGCACCUUUUGCCUGCUUGUCUCUCCGUUCUGUAAUGCCUUUGGCCUGGCGAUCCAAAGCUUGGCCUUGUUGACGAUAUUGCUACAGCUUAAGUGUGUUAUACUGGUGGUUCCCAAAGACUUUUAUGUGCCCUACGUGACCUAGCCAAAUGUGCCAUCCGUGACCUAGCUAAAUGUGCCGUCCGUGACCUAGCUAAAUGUGUUGUCCGUGACCUAGCUAAAUGUGCCGUCCGUGACCUAGCUAAAUGUGUUGCCCGUGACCUAGCUAAAUGUGCCGCCCGUGACCUAGCUAAAUGUGCUGUCCGUGACCUAGCUAAAUGUGUUGUCAGUGACCUAGCUAAAUGUGUUGCCCGUGACCUAGCUAAAUGUGCUGCCCGUGACCUAGCUAAAUGUGCCGUCCGUGACCUAGCUAAAUGUGUUGUCCGUGACCUAGCUAAAUGUGUUGCCCGUGACCUAGCUAAAUGUGCCGCCCGUGACCUAGCUAAAUGUGUCCGUGACCUAGCUAAAUGUGUUGUCCGUGACCUAGCUAAAUGUGUUGUCCGUGACCUAGCUAAAUGUGCUGUCCGUGACCUAGCUAAAUGAGUUGUCCCUGACCUUGCUAAAUGUGUUGUCCGUGACCUAGCUAAAUGUGCCGUCUGUGACCUAGCUAAAUGUGUUGUCCGUGACCUAGCUAAAUGUGCCGUUAGUGACCUAGCUAAAUGUGCCAUUUGUGACCUAGCUAAAUGUGCCGUCCGUGACCUAGCUAAAUGUGCCGUCCAUGACCUAAAGCCUUCAGACAUGUCUUGCCAUGCUCCAGAUGAAUGAAAACAUGUUCAUACCCCAGACCCAGACCCAGACCCAGCCUUAACCACAACCAAGUAGGAAUUUGCCUCAACCAAGCAGAAGGAAGCCCUGUCUUAUACCCCAGUACAGAAGGAAGCCCUGCCUUAUACCCCAGUACAGAAGGAAGCCCUGCCUUAUACCCUAGUACGGAAGGAAGCCCUGCCUUAUACCCCAGUACAGAGGGAAGCCCUGCCUUAUACCCCAGUACAGAAGGAAGCCCUGCCUUAUACCCCAGUGCAGAAGGAAGCCCUGCCUUAUACCCCAGUACAGAAGGAAACUCUGCCUUAUACCCCAGUACAGAAGGAAGCCCUGCCUUAUACCCCAGUACAGAAGGAAGCCCUGCCUUAUACCCCAGUACAGAAGGAAGCCCUGCCUUAUACCCCAGUACAGAAGGAAGCCCUGCCUUAUACCCCAGUACAGAAGGAAGCCCUGCCUUAUACCCCAGUACAGAAGGAAGCCCUGCCUUAUACCCCAGUACAGAAGGAAGCCCUGCCUUAUACCCCAGUACAGAAUGAAACCCUGCCUUAUACCCCAGUACAGGAUGACCACAUGGCCUAUAGAUCCUUUAUUACAUCAUUAGAGGGAAUCAGAUGAUGUGACUCAACAAUCUUCAACCUAACACAGAGUCACACCCCAAAGUGUGAGAAAGUCAGUCUGAAAGCCUCAGUGACCAGGCAGGAGGGAGUAUCACCCCCCCCGAACCCGAACCCCCAUUUCUCCCUUAGGCACACGAUGUGUUGAACGGCUGCCAAGGGCCACAAGGAGUGAGCGGAUCAUAAACAGAGCGAUGUGCUCGCUCUCUAAGAGGCCCCGGUGGACGUCAUUAAUCGAGGCACAGUGAAGUGUUUACACAGGACGAUAAAUAAGAAGCUCUCUCUGACAGCAGGGGAUGAUUACUUGGUCAUGUCUGUCGGCCCCCCAAUGGCCCAAUGAUUCAGUGGAAUAGUUACAGGCCUUCUAAUGGCCAUUGAUACAGAGGACUAGGUUCUCUAAUGGCCCAGUGAUCCAGAGGUCUAGGUUUUUCUAAUGGCCCAGUGAUACAGACCGGGCCAGAUGCAACAAUGAGGAUCUUUCAGAGCAGGGCAGCUACAGCAAUGAGGAUCUUUCAGACCGGGGCAGAUGCAACAAUGAGGGUCUUUCAGAGCAGGGCAGCUGCAUCAAUGAGGAUCUUUCAGAGCAGGGCAGCUGCAGCAAUGAGGAUCUUUCAGAGCAGGGCAGAUGCAGAAAUUAGGAUCUUUCAGAGCAGGGCAGCUGCAGCAAUGAGGAUCUUUCAGAGCAGGGCAGCUGCAGCAAUGAGGAUCUUUCAGAGCAGGGCAGCUGCAGCAAUGAGGAUCUUUCAGAGCAGGGCAGCAAUGAGGAUCUUUCAGAGCAGGGCAGCAAUGAGGAUCUUUCAGAGCAGGGCAGCUGCAGCAAUGAGGAUCUUUCAGAGCAGGGCAGCAAUGAGGAUCUUUCAGAGCAGGGCAGCUGCAGCAAUGAGGAUCUUUCAGAGCAGGGCAGCUGCAGCAAUGAGGAUCUUUCAGAGCAGGGCAG